AUGGACGCCGAAGAGUUUCGAAAGCACGGUAAAGAAAUGGUCGAUUUGAUCGCCGAUUAUUGGAAAUCAAUGCCCGACCGAAAAGCCAUGCCCGAUUGUAAGCCUGGGUUUUUGAAUAGCAUGGUAAGGCAUGACAAUUUCCACUGUGUAUCGCAUAUAUUUUUUUGAGCUUUUCUAAAUAAUGUUUUAGGUGGUGGAUCGUCCCCCAGAAUCUCCGGAGACCUGGAAUACCAUUUUCAAGGACGUAGAUCCAAUUGUUUUGGCCAACAACACCAACUGGCAUCACCCUCUCUUCUUUGCAUACUACCCAACUGCCUGCAGUUAUCCCUCGAUUAUGGCGGAUAUGCUGAGCGGCGCGAUGGCAAGCAUCGGGUUUACUUGGGUAAGGGCUGAAUGAAAGGUUCUUUAUUCACCGACUUUUUUGCAGAAAUCAUCUCCAUCCAUGACUGAGCUCGAAAUGAAGAUGAUGGAUUGGCUGGUGGAAGCGUUGGGGCUUCCCGAACAUUUUAAGAAUUCUCACUCCGGUAAUGGGGCUGGUUGUAUUCAAUGUACAGCUAGUGAUGCAACUCUGGUCGCAAUUUUGGCUGCGAGAAGUCGAGCGGUCGCUGUAAGUCUAAACAAAUUAUGAAAUUUUUUAAUUUUUUGCACGGUGCAGAAAGUCGGACUGACUGCACUGUGCAACGUCAAUUUUUGCUUAGUUUUUGGCUUGCACGGUGCAAAAAAUUGUGUUCUCUGCACUGUGCAGAAAAAGCUGAAAAAAUUUACAUAAAUUUUUUUAGCUUUGAAAUUUUGCACCGUGCAAAAAUUAAACUGACUGCACUGUGCAACGCCAAUUUCAGCUUAUUUUUCGACUUGCACGGUGCAAAAAUUAGUGUUCUCCGCACUGUGCGGAAACAAUUUAUUCAAGCUUUUCGAAUAUAAAAAACUUUUUUUUCAGUCCUUGAAAGGCAGUGAGUCCCAGUUGGACAAGAUCUCGAAUACCGUCAAGAAUUUCAACAUCAAAAACGCGAUCAAUAACAUCUUGGAGAAUGGAAAAGAGGAGGAGGUGGUGACUUUUGAGAACCAUGAUCCCUCGUAUUUCACAAAAUUCGUUGGCUACUGCUCCGAUCAAGCGCAUUCUUCAGUCCAUAAAGGUUUCAUGUUGGCGGGGGUGAGGAUGAGAAAGAUCAAGACCACAAGACAGAAUGAAAUGGACAACUUUUGCAUGGACCCGGAGGCAUUGAAAAAUGCAAUUAAGGUGAGAAAUAAUAGUAUAAUAGUAAUGAGGGUUUAAAUAGGAGGUAGUUAGUUCUGACCAAAUUACAUAUUAAAUUCUCAUAUUUCCAGGAGGACCGAGCCCAUGGGUACAUUCCAUUCAUCGUCGUCGCGACUUUAGGCACAACUCCAACUUGCGCUGUCGAUUCCCUGACCGAACUGGGUCCCAUUUGCAACAAGGAGAAGAUCUGGUUGCACGUGGACGCUGCGUACGCCGGCAGCUUCUUUUUGUGCCCGGAAUUCCGCUGGAUGUCCGAGGGAAUCGAAAUGGUCGACUCCUUUAAUUUCAACGCCCACAAAGCCUUGAUGGUCAACUUUGAUUGCUCGCCGUUGUGGUUCAAAGACGCUACAGAGGCUAUCAAACAUUUUAAUGUUGAGGCCGAAUACCUGAAGCACGAGUAUCAAGCAGUUGCACAGGAUUUUAGAGUGAGUGGGGGUGGAAAAAAUGAUUUUGAAAAUUUUGGUCAUCAGUUUGUUGUACAGGCAGUAUAUUGAAGCCUCUGUGUUUGCCACAAAAGGACAAAAGGGGUUUCUCUUAUAUGAUGUUACUUGAGCGAGGUUAUGACCACUUUUGUCCAACCCUUUUUUCAAAGUUUCCCUCAAAAAUCCUAUUUUCAGCAUCUGCAAGUAGCCCUUGGCCGACGGUUCCGCUCUUUGAAAAUUUGGUUUGUCCUCAGAGCUCUAGGGCUUGAGAAAAUCAGAGAAUACCAACGAUUACAAGUUAAGUUAGCCAAACUUUUCCAUCAAAUCAUCUCUGCGGACAGUGACUUCGAAGUGAUCGUCCCUCCAAAUCUUGGAUUGGUGUGCUUUAGAUUGAAGGUAUGGGAGUUUGAAGAGAAAAAAGUUCGGGAAAAUGGAAGAAAUUAAAUUUUUUUCUAAAAGUUUCAUUUAUAGGGCCCCAACUCACGUUCCGAAGCCUUGCUGAAUCUGCUGAAUCAAGAUAAUCGAAUUCAUUUGGUCCCUGGGAAGACAGAUGAUAUUUUCUAUCUUCGACUCGCCGUUUGCUCACAAGAUACCAGGGAAAAACAUAUUCGAUUUGCCUAUGACGUCAUCGCCGAACUCGCUAAGCGAGUCGACUAA